UUUCCUAUUUUUACCUGACAAAAAAUAUAAUGGCCUGCUCAUGGUGCACAUGUUUCAUCUGAUCUCAAGUAAAGGUGGGAUGCUGAGGGGAAAGAUGGCAGCAUUAAGAAGCAAAGCCAAGUCUUUCAAUGACUCCGCAUGUCCUCUGACAGAGGAUCUUAGGCUGAACCUGGAAUUCCAGGCUAAGUAAAAGUCAGAGAAAGUAAUUCAAAUCCUAACCCCGUUGUCAAAACGUUACUGCUACUUCAAUCAGCUAACCAGAGCCUUUCAGAACGACCACAAAAUAAAGGAGGAAAGCAUAGUGAAAUUCACCGGCGCUGGCUUCGUUUCCUCCUACUCUUUCGUUUUUGUCCCUUUGGUUUCCACCUCUAAAGAACGGUUGCUGUAUGGUUGAUCUGGCAGCUCAGAACUCGGUUUGCCUUUUCCUAGCAGAGGCUGGUGGGUGGAGCAUAGAGCCGGUAGUCCAAAAUACAAGUUUCUGAAGUGAGUUAGGAGACUGGGACAGAGGGAGUGAGAACCUAGGGGAGGGAAAACAGCAAGGAACAACGUCCCACCGACGGAGCAGCCUCAGCAGAAGGAAAAGCUGUAGUGGGGCGGACGACCAGAAGCAGAGACGGCCAACUAGAUAGACUUAGACAAACAGCCAGGAAGGAGGACGCGAGCGCAAUAUGACAUCAAAGUCCCCGGAUUCGUCAGUCUGUCGGGAGCUCCGAGUUUCCACUUAACGCGUUAGGAGAUCACAGCACAUCCCAGGAGCAGGGGCAGUCAGUAGUCUCCAAAGUUGCCCAGAGGAUGUUCUGCACCAAGCUGAAAGACCUUAAGAUUACUGGAGAAUGCCCUUUCUCUUUACUGACUCAAGGCCAUGUCUCGGAAGAACAAGAAGAGGAAAGCACAGAGCGUCCUGCUAGUUCCAAGGCAGCCCUGCCCGUCUGCCAGGAGGUUACUGAGAAACACAUCGGUGCAAAUCUUCCUCAAAGAAAGACCAGCCGAAGCCGGGUGUAUCUACACACUUUAGCAGAGAGCAUUUGCAAAUUGAUCUUCCCCGAGAAUGAAAGACUGUGUCUUGCACUUCAGAGAACAUUGACAAAGCAUAAAAUACAAGAGAAGAGGAAAUCUUUGGAAAAAGAAGAUUUUGAAAAAUUCAUUAUAGAUCAAGCAAAUGCAGCAGGUAUUUCAGGGGAUAUUAUCAAAGAAUCUCUGGGUGAAGAACUCUUCAAAAUAUGCUACGAGGAAGAUGAGCACAUCUUAGGUGUCGUUGGAGGGACCCUCAAAGAUUUCUUGAACAGUUUCAGCACUCUUUUGAAGCAGAGUAGUCAUUGCCAAGGAGCUGAAAAGAAGGGCCGACUUGAGGAGGUGUCCAUACUCUGCUUGGAGAAAGACCCCAAUGUCUUAAAUGUUUACUAUUUUUUCCCUAAAAAGACAACUUCCCUCAUUCUUCCAGGCAUUAUUAAGGCCGCUGCUCAUGUAUUAUACGAAACUGAAGUGGAUGUGACCCUAGUGCCUCCUUGUUUCCGCAAUGACUGUAAUGAGUUUGUGAAUCAGCCCUACUUAUUAUAUUCUGUUCAGGUGAAAAGCACAAAACCUUCUCUGUCUCCUUGCAAACCUCAAUCCUCCUUGGUGAUCCCAACCUCCCUCUUCUGUAAGACCUUUCCUUUCCAUUUCAUGUUUGAUAAAGACAUGGCCAUUCUACAGUUUGGCAAUGGGAUUCGGAGGCUGCUGAACAGAAGGGACUUUCAAGGAAAGCCUAACUUUGAAGAAUAUUUUGAAAUCCUUACCCCCAAAAUCAACUACACCUUUAGUGGGAUCAUGACCAUGUUGAACAUGCAGUUUGUCAUAAGAGUGAGAAGAGGGGACAAUUCUAUCAAGAAAUCUUCUGGGGUAAUGGAUCUCAAAGGCCAAAUGAUCUACAUCAUUGAGUCUAGUGCCAUCUUGUUCUUGGGAUCUCCCUGUGUGGAUCGGUUAGAGGAUUUUACAGGCCGUGGACUCUACCUCUCAGAUAUCCCAAUCCACAAUGCUCUGAGGGAUGUGGUUCUGAUAGGGGAACAAGCUCGAGCCCAAGACGGGCUGAAGAAAAGAUUAGGGAAACUCAAAGCCACCUUGGAGCAAGCGCACCAAGCUCUUGAGGAGGAGAAGAAAAAGACAGUCGAUCUCUUGUGUUCCAUCUUCCCAGGCGAGGUUGCUCAACAGCUGUGGCAGGGGCAGGUGGUACAAGCCAAGAAAUUCAGCCAUGUCACCAUGCUUUUCUCUGACAUUGUCGGAUUCACAGCCAUCUGUUCUCAGUGUUCCCCGAUGCAGGUGAUCACCAUGCUCAAUGAACUUUACACUCGCUUUGACUACCAGUGUGGAGAGCUGGAUGUCUAUAAGGUGGAGACAAUCGGAGAUGCUUACUGUGUAGCUGGAGGCUUACACAAAGAAAGCGAGACACAUGCUAUUCAAAUUGCCCUCAUGGCCUUGAAGAUGAUGGAGCUGUCUGAUGAAGUGAUGUCUCCACAUGGGGAACCCAUCAAGAUGCGCAUUGGUUUGCAUUCUGGAUCUGUCUUUGCUGGAGUGGUUGGAGUUAAAAUGCCCCGUUACUGUCUCUUUGGAAACAAUGUCACCCUAGCAAAUAAAUUUGAGUCCUGCAGUGUUCCUCGGAAGAUCAAUGUCAGUCCUACAACUUACAGACUACUCAAAGGAUGCCCUGGGUUUGUAUUUACUCCUCGUUCAAGAGAAGAGUUGCCUCCCAAUUUCCCCAAGGAAAUUCCUGGAAUUUGUCACUUCCUGGAUGCUUACAUACAAGGAGCAAAUCCAAAGGCAUGCUUCCCAAAAAGAGAUUUUGAAGAUGGCAAUGCUAACUUUCUGGGCAAAGCAUCAGGAAUAGACUAAGUUGUAUCUUCAUCAGUUCAAUCAGUAUUUGGGGGUUUGAAUCCAGAAAGGAUGUAUGAAGCCUCAGAAAGCACUUUAGGAUUGCAGAUGCCUGAAAACCAGUAUUACUGAUUCAGGUGUUAAGUCCCCUAAGACUUGUUAUUCCUCUUUUAAGUGACAGACUAUAUUUACUGAAAUAAUAUUUCAACUCCUUUAUUUUAAUAUCAUGGCUCUUUAGGUACCUAUUCUUUUCUGUGACAGAUAAUGUUAUAUAAGUCACUUCAAAUCAACCUGUACUAAGAAUUCUAGACUGUACGUAAUAUUAGAAAAGUUGAAUGCAUUAUAUCAAGAGAUAGAUUUGUCUGCAGUACUAUUCCUUGUUGGAGUGCCAAUCUUGCUUAAAAUGUAUUAUUCACCAUGUUGCUAAGAACAAAGUCACAAGAAGUUAUUCUCCCUCUUAUAAAUUUUGAAAACUCACUGCAUGCAAUUAUCCAGCCUCUGACACUUACAAGCUGGGCAAGUCACUUAAUCUCCUAAGAUUGUUUGGAGGUUAAAAUGUGGUAUUUGUAAAACACUUUGGAAAACUUAGAAUGGUAUAUAAAUACUAAUUAUUGUCAUUAUCACAUGUUUUCAUUAUGGCUGCUCAUAUAUAACAAAAUAAGCCAAGUAUUUUUCUGUCAAGUCUUCUUAUUUAAAAAAAAAAUAAGAAAGUAUGGGUCACAUAUUAUAUAAUCACAAGCUACAUUUGAAAUAACACUGAAAUAUUAUUUUUAAUUUGUGAAGUUUUUUUAAAAAUUAAUUUUUUGUAGUAGCAUGUAUCAGAGCAAUAAAUGUUAUUUUCUUUUCAUGUAUUAUUUUUCAUGUUUAAGAUAAAAGCUUUCCAUAACACACAGACAUAUGAACAAAGUGUCCAGGUGAACAUAGAGGACACAAAUUUAUAUUUACUAAGAAUUGAAUUACUUUUUGUAAUUUAAUACUCUUGAUUUGACCAUCACAGUUUAAGCAGAAAUGAAAUAGGUAUGAAGGGAGAUAGAAACUGAACCAUGACAUCACUGAUACAGAGCAGGGCUUUUUAAAGUUUUUUACACUCAGAGUCCAUUUUCAUGUGAAAAAAUUUUACACAAAUAAGCAUACAAAUAAAACACAUAUUGAUAAUAAAGCAUGAUUUUGCAACCCUCAUACUCAGUAUGCAAUCAUAUUCUAUGGGAUCACAAACCAUGGUUUAAGUAGCUUUGAAUAGAGAAUGUUUAGAUGGAAAGCCCUGUACUUGUAAAAAUUAACAUCUUUUCCAGAAUACUAGGUUAAGUAACUGGUCCAGAAUUGGAUGGUCAGCACAUAUCAAAAGCCAGACCCGAACUCUGGUCUUCCUAGAUCUAAUGCUAGCUCUCUGUCUAACCUCUUGGGAUUAAAGGGAUCACCCUCCCUCAAAAAAGGAACUAUUAUGCAGUCAUAAUGAGGGUAGUGUAGUUUGGUCCUGGACCAGUAGAAACUGUCCUUUAGUUUUUUAAACCCAUGGGAAUAUGAAUAGAAAAAAAGUUAAACUAUAUGAGUAGAUGUUAGAUUUGUGACUUUUUAUUCUGGUUUUGUUUUAUUAAUGAGAACAUAUUGAUCAUUUUAUGAAUAUGUAUAUGUAUUCAAAAAAAGAUAAGAAAUUUGCUAAACUCUUUAAUGCUUAGACAGAUAUGGUGGAUAGUAGCAAAGAAAAAGAUAUAUUAUAUAAAUGUCUUAGCUUUUUAGAGGUGGCAGGAUUCUUUGAGUCCAGUUUCUUCACUCUACAUAUGUGGCAACUAAAUUCCUAAGAAAAGAAGUUUUUCCAAAAUUAAUUGGGUAGCAAGAAGCAGAGCUAAAACUUGAACCUAAAUCUACUUGAUUCCUCAUUCAUCAUGUUGUGGGCUGGAUUCAGCACUGAUUUUUGCUUUCAAUGUUGGUGUUUCACCAACUUGGCAGUAUGAGCACCACUUAAAAAAAAAAAACUAUAUCCAAGCAUAAGCAGGAUGCAAAGAAUGGAUUUUAUAUCAUCUUAUACAAGUGACAGAUGUUAAAUAGAAGAUUCUAACCUGGUUUGGAUCUAAUCAAAAUGAUUUCAUGUGCAAGUUUUUAAAUACUUACAUUGUCAAUCACCUAUUCCUAUUGACAACAGGAUGAAAAAGUUAUCCUUGAUUGGUUUGGUUUAUACUCAAAGUACUAUUUAGUAUUCUUCUAAGUCAUUAACAGCACCCCCAGGUAUCUGGCACUAGAGGGGACUGAGCUUCAUUCUGUUGCAGUCUUGAAAUAAUAUUAAUAUUAUAUGUUGCUGUAUAAGUGAAGAAUUGAAGAACCUUUUCUUUCUGACUCUGAGGCUUUAUCAGAAAGGGGGGAAAAGAAAUAGAAAAUAAAGUAAAGAAAUUCACAAAAGAAAAAUCUUCUCAUUCCUACAAAGAUAUUUUACUUUUGAUCCACACUUAAAUCCCAUGUAUUUAUUUUCUUCAUUAUUCAGGAAGGGUUGAAGUUUUUUCUGGAACAAGAAGAGUGCUAAGCAGAAUUCUAAAUAAGAAAGACAAAAAAAAAACAGCCCUUGCUCUUGAGGAGCUCAUAGUCUAAAUAGGAAGACAAUAGGCAGACAAAGAAAGGAUAAAUUGGGAGUGAUCUCUGAAAAGAAAGCCAAUAAAAUUCAGGAGUCCUGAGGGAAAGCUUCUUGUAUAAGAUGAAGCUUGAAGGUAGCCAAGAAAGCUAGCACUUUAAAAUUAGCUAUAUGCUGUCCUCAUAAUCAUACUGUGAAGCAAGUUAUUCCAGAGUCAUUAUGUCCCUUUUACAUUCUAGGACAAAUUAUGAGUUGUCCAAGUUCACACAGUAAAUGUUGAAAUCAGGAUUCAAAUCUAAAUCCUCCCAAAUUUAUGACCAGGGCAUCCCAUAAUGCAUCUCUAGCACUAAUUCUAGAGGAGCUCUCUCUGGUGUGCUCAUCAGUAUUGCUUAUGGGAUCUAUAUUUUUCCAUCAAAGACACAAUACCAGAAAUGUGUUCUCUUGGUAUUUUUCCACCCUUGAUGAAUUAUUAUUUCAAAAAUGAAAAAAAAAGCAAAAUUUUCCUGUGAAUUAAAAUAGAAAGAAUUCUUAGAUAAGCAUGACCAGACAUAACCCUUUUGGUAGUAUGUUCCAAAGUUCCCAAAUAGAAACCAAAAGUUAUAAUUUUUAUUACACAAUGAAGAAUUCUGAAUAAUGGGACUUGGCCUUAUUAAGAAUAUCUAUGGAAACUUAAGCAUAUAAUUUCCAUUUUUUUAAAGAAAUAAUUUAUAGUCAAGAAAAAUGACUGCUCUUUUUGACUUCUGUCUAGUAAAAAUGGAAAGUCCAUGUCCCCCCAAACCUAUGAGAAAUAUAGCAUCUGGGCUAAAACCUGUUAGUGUCUCUUUGUUCAGGUCAGCUUCAUUUUAGACACACAUACUAAUUUUUAUGUGAAUGUAAUUUUAUUUUUUGUUCAUACUUCAUCAGUUAGAAUAAUGCUUUUUUAUAUAAAUAAGGUACUCUUUCUAUUAGGAAGAUUAAACACAUAAGAGUUAUUUCUUUCCCCAUUUUUCUUAUUUCAGAAUUCUUCCAUCAUUCUCAAUAUUUUGUUAGGCUGUAGAAACUCCUUUGGCCAUAUUCUUCAUUUAGCAAUAUCACUUACUCCAGUUGUCCAUCACCAUCAUGACACUUUCAUAAAUUGAUCAAUUGGAAACUGUGAAAUAAGCAGACCUGGAAAAUCAAUAUGCCUGACUAUGUCAAGGGAGAGAACAGAACAGUAAAACUGAAAGCUGUACAAUUAUAACGGCCAAGGCUGGUUCUGGAGAAGAGUGAGAAAAUGCAUCUUCCUCAUUUCUAUAGAAGUGAGUUAUUUACAUCUACUGGAAGAUAUGGUUAAUAUGUUGUGUUUUUUCCCUGAACUGCUCUGUGGUUUUUUUCUCUUUCAUCUUCAUUACAAAAGCAUGAAUUGCUAGAUAAUGGAAGUGGAAAAAAUAUGUUUAAAAAUGAAUGUAAUAUAACAUAAAAAACCAAAAGAUAUUAAUAAAGAUAAGCUAAAAUGUAUAAAGACUAUAAACUCUGAUCAUCUUAACUAUUUACAAUAUAUAUAUAUGUACAUAUGCGCAUAUAACUCUAAUUCAACAAUAACCAUCCUAUGUCCAGAAUGACAUCACCAGAGUUGGACAUCAGGUGAUUUUAUCUUUUUUCUCUUGCUAAAACAAACAUACCACCAUGAAGUUCAUUCAGCUAAGUCUACCCUAGAACUUUCACAUUGCUCUGAUGCAGUUUGCUGCCUGUUCUCUGUGGAAAUUCAUGAUAGAUGUUCUCUCUCAGCAGGCACAAAGUUACAUCCUCUGAUGGACUUGGACAUCCUUCUGCCUCAGAAUAUUCCUUUUUUGCCAACUUAAAUUUGAUUCCUCACCAUAAAGAACAUUGAGCCACAAAUUUAAAAAUAAAGUUUUGAGAACCACAUUAGUGUUUGAAACUUACCUGUUUUUAAGAAGAAAAUUGCUACAUAAAGAAAUAUAAACUCAGAUAAAUCCAAUCUAUUGGUUGUUUGAAUUUGAUUGAGUUUUGAUACAGACUUGUCCUUUCAUUGUCAUUACAUACUCUCUAAAUUUGUAGUUUUCUAGUUUUGAUUUUUUGAGGCAGAAAGGGACUUUUCAGCUCUUUGGUGUAAAAUAAUUCAUGGAGAGUCAUAUGCAAAACAAGAUUUAAGUUUUUUUUUUUUUUUACAGCAAUUACUUCCCUCUUCCCUAUCCUAUCUGGUUAAUCUUUGUUGCUGCAGGUGGACUGUUUCUUUUGACUUAAUGGUUUGUCUAAACUUCCAUUAAUUGAAAAAGGAAAACAAAUGUUAAACUUUAGAAUGAACAGUUGCAUGAUGUUUAAAAUGAUGAUAUAUCCACAAAUAAAAAGAAAUUUUUCACCAUUAUCUUCAGCAAAUUUUAUACCUGGUUUUUGCUUCUGAAAAGCUGCACUAACAAAAUGUCAUCCAAAAUUUUUGGGAGCUUCUUUGAUUUGCUGCCAUAUAAAUACUGUAUUGUAACAAUUUAAAACAUAAUUAAAAAUAUCAAUAUAUAUAAAAGAAA